AUGGCUUCUACCACCAGUUUCCCGGCAGAAACGGUGCCCCAGGCGCCUGAAGAUCCCCUCUUUGGCCUGGCCCGCGCCUACAAGGCUGACAACAGCCCGCUAAAGGUCGACCUGGGAAUCGGCGCCUACCGAGAUAACAAUGCGAAGCCAUGGGUUCUUCCUGUGGUAAAAAAGGCUGAUGAGAUUCUCCGAAACAACCCCGAACUGAACCACGAGUAUGCCCCGAUCGCAGGUAUCGAGAGCUUCACCAGCAAGGCUGCGGAGCUGAUGCUCGGCGCCGAUUCGCCCGCUCUCGCAGAGCGCCGCACCACGUCUGUGCAGACCAUCUCGGGAACCGGUGCCGUUCACUUGGGAGCUCUGUUCCUCGCCAAGUUCUACAAAGGCAGCCAGACCGUCUAUGUGUCAAAUCCCACAUGGGCAAACCACCAUCAGAUCUUUUCCAAUGUCGGCAUCAAGGUCGCCCAGUAUCCUUACUUCAACAAGGAGACCCGGGGGCUGGACUUUGAGGGCAUGACCGCUGCCAUCUCAGCGGCUCCUGAAGGCUCCAUCAUCCUGCUCCACCCCUGUGCCCACAACCCAACCGGCGUCGACCCAACACUUGAUCAGUGGAAGGAGUUGGCCGUCAUUAUCCGAGAGAAGAAGCAUUUCCCCUUCUUCGACUGUGCCUACCAGGGCUUUGCCUCUGGCGACCUUGCUCGAGACGCCGCCGCUGUACGUUACUUUGUCGAGCAAGGCUUCGAGCUCGUAGUUGCCCAGAGCUUCGCCAAGAACUUUGGUCUUUAUGGAGAGCGAGCUGGCUGCUUCCACGUUGUGGCCGCUCCUGCCCCUGAUGCCACCACCACAAUCACCCGCAUUGCAUCUCAGCUUGCCAUUCUGCAGCGAUCAGAGAUUUCCAACCCUCCUUUGUAUGGCGCCAGAAUCGCUAGCACCGUUCUGAAUGACGCCCAGCUCUUCGCUGAGUGGGAGGAGAACCUGAAAACCAUGUCUGGCCGCAUCAUCGACAUGCGCAAAGCUCUCCGUUCUAAGCUUGAAGAGUUGGAGACUCCAGGAACCUGGAACCACAUCACAGACCAGAUUGGCAUGUUCAGCUUUACUGGCCUAUCAGAACCUCAAGUUCUGAAGCUCCGCGAGGAGUAUCACAUCUACAUGACCAAGAACGGCCGAAUCAGCAUGGCCGGGUUAAAUACCAACAACAUUGACCACGUGGCUCAGGCUAUCCGAAAAGUCGUUGGUGAAACUCAGUAA